AUGAACUCGCUUCCUCAUUUUAGGUAAGUGACUAUGAUAGAAAGCCCAUGUUUUACCCUCUGCUUCUUCUUCUUCUUCUUCCUCAAUUCUCUCUCUCUCUUCUCUCUCUCUCCCAUGACAGCAGGGUGGGGUUUAGUUGAAUACUAUAUUUAGGUUUUGGGUUAAUGUUUUGUGGCGUUGAAUCAUGGCCGUAGAUUCGUUUGAUGAAGAGUGUGAUUACCUGUUCAAGGCGGUUCUUGUCGGAGACUCAGGCGUGGGGAAGUCUAAUCUGCUGUCAAGAUUUGCGAAAGAUGAGUUCCAUCUGGAUUCCAAGCCCACCAUAGGUGUUGAAUUUGCUUACAGGAAUAUUAGGGUGGGUGGGAAGCUCAUCAAGGCUCAGAUAUGGGACACUGCUGGCCAAGAAAGGUUUAGAGCCAUCACAAGCUCGUACUACAGGGGAGCGCUGGGGGCGCUACUGGUGUACGACAUAACAAGAAGAGCGACCUUCGAGAGCCUGAGGAAAUGGCUGGUGGAGCUGAGGGAGCAAGGGAGCUCAGACAUGGUGAUUGUCCUGGUGGGCAACAAAUGCGAUCUGGAAAACUCGAGAGAGAUCAACCAAGAAGACGGGCAAAGCCUGGCGGAGCUGGAGGGCAUCUCCUUCCUGGAAACGUCUGCGAAGGAGAAUCUGAACGUGGAAGAGGCGUUUCUGCAGAUGAUCACCAAGAUUCAUCGAGCUGUGAGCCAGAAGGCCCUUGAAGCUAAGGCCAUUAAUGGAGGAAGGCUUAGCCACACUUCAAGCCUGCAGGGAAGAAAGGAAAUUAUUCACAUUGAUGAAGUCACUGCAACUAAGCACACCUCUACUUGCUGCUUACAUUGAAGCUUAGAAUUUUGCAUCACCUUCUAAAUUGUGCUUCUUUUAAUCCAAUUGAAACGCGUUUUUAACAUUGGCACGAUCUGUGGGGAUCGACCGCAAUCCUCAUGAUCAUCAUCACUUACCCUUCUAUAAGUAUAUAUAUACUCCUUUUUGGCUAUAGGAUUUGAUAUGUUUGUGUAUAUCAUAUGAUAACUAUGACAGGGGAUCUUUGCCCCCACCUUGUUUUAAUUUUUGAAGAUUUGAAGUUUGUUUAAAAAAAAAAAAUUCCCAUUA